UUGGUCCGCCGAAUCCCCGCCUCCCUCGGCUGACCAAUGGGUGCAGCCGGGCGGCUCUGGGGGGCGGGGCGCGGCGCGGUGCCGGCGGCCAUGGCGGCGGGGCGCGGCGGCGCUGGGAUGGCCGUGCCCGAGGCCGGGGCCGUGCCCGCCGCCACCCGGAUGCAGGCCUACGCCUGGUGCCGCGAGUUCCUGGCCGGCUCCUGGAAGCUCAUCGGCCCCGACGAGUUCGCCAUCGGGCCCGUCAG